AUGAACUCCACCCAAUAUUAUUUUUCAUUUUAUAGUAGCUUUGACAUGGCUUUUUCUGGUAUCCUGACAGAAGCUGAAAUUGCUGCUGGCCUACAGAGCUGUCAAGCUGCUGAUUCAUUCGAUUACAAAACCUUUUUUGUCAAAGUGGGUCUCAACUCCAAGUCCAAAGACCAGCUCAUCAAAGUCUUCAGAAUUCUUGACCAGGACAGGAGUAGUUUUAUUGAGGAAGAUGAACUGAAACUUUUCCUGCAGAAUUUCUCAGCCAGUGCCAGAGCUUUGACUGAUGCUGAGACCAAGGCACUGCUGGCAGCAGGUGAUAGCGAUGGAUAUGGUAAAAUUGGAGUGGAUGAGUUUCAAGCUCUGGUCAAAUCUUAA